AUGCGUGUGCGAGGUGUUCAGACGAAACCUCAAGUGGAAAAAGCAAGCCCAAGCCUGAGGUAAGAAACGUAUUGUAAAAAUUUACACUAUACCCCCCCCCCCCAACCUUUUCCCUAAUCCUAACCGUAAAAGUCUAAAAAUAACGUAAAAAAGUUUGUGUGAAAAUUUCUGCAAAAAUGUAGAUCCCCGCAAAUUUCUUGAAAUUGAACUAGGUUCCCAGGUUCAGAUACUUUGUCCACCUCAUUUGUUAGCAUAAUAUGAAAUAAUCCUACCAGCCUACAUUCAUAUAUAUUCACCUGGCUGUGUCGCUACAUUUCAGAGUGUAUUAUAUUUUUUGAUAAUGCUCACAAUUAGAAAUGUCAACAAAGAUAUGUUGUCUCCCCAUCAGCAUAUUGUUUGGUUGUUCUGUGAUAUGGGCAGCCUUGAAGGUGGCAUUAAAACAAUAAUUGGAACAAAACCCGAUUUAGUAUUUUUAUCAAACAUUGUACAGUAUUCAGUGGCAAGCUAGCCAUGGCAACUGGCCAUAUGCAUGCUAUACUGAUAAACCUGCAUCUAUUUGAGUAAUGCAAAUCAUUAAAAACUUGCAUAGCAUGACCUGUUGCAAUGGCUAGCUUCACCACUGCCACCUCAGCAUAGUAUUAUAGGAAAACUAAUGUACGAUAUUUUGCGAGUUUCAGCAGUCCAGUAUGUGCGCAUAAUGAGUGGGAUCCUUUGGAGGAACUGAUUGUUGGCCGUCCAGAAAAUGCCCAUGUUCCGUCUUUCACCAUUGAAGUGAAGGCCAACACUCAUGAGAAAUAUUGGCCAUUUUAUCAACAACAUGGCGGCAAACCAUUCCCACCUGAGCAUGUUGCAAAAGCUGUGAAGCAAAUGGAUGAAUUUUGCAACAUUUUGGAACACGAAGGAGUGACUGUACGCCGGCCCAAGAUAUUGGAUCAUAGUAAGGUAAUGAUUACCAGGCCUUAAAACAUCUUUUACAGGACCGUCUGGCAAAAUGUCCGAUAACUUUGAGUUUGGGUUGGACAUUAUGUGUAAUGAUGUCUGAUAACCCUCAGUUCAGUUUGGCUCGGAAAUAAGUCUGAAUGACACAAAUUAAUAUCAGAACAAUGUAUUAAUUCCGAACGGUUAAUGCUGUAAGGAUAUUAAAUCAUUUGAGUCAUUCAUAUUUAUUUCCAAGCCAAAAUGAACUUGUUUGCCUAUAACAGCAGUAAGACUUUGCUCGUCACCCAGCGCUCAAUUACAUUAAAACAACAUUUCCAGUUCACCUUUUAUACAUUACUCUGAUUCUCCAUUUAGCAUACGAGCCUCUAGUCCUGAACUAUACAGUUCGGUCGGAACUAGCUAAUUACUGUAUAUAUCCUGCAAAUUAAUGUACAUUACUGCAUUUGGCAUGCUUUGUUUUACCUGAAUUUUCUGAACUUUCAGAGUUGGGGGAGGGAUGUUACACCCCCCCCCCCCUCGCUACGUCCAUGGAAUCGGCCCUUAUUCAUGAGUUACGAAGCUAUUUUUUGGGGAUCGGUGCUUUCAGGGGGGUGGGGGACGCUACUUUCGGGAUCUACGAUAUUUCAUAUCGAUGCCAUGGCUUGCCCAUAUCUGACUACGAAUGUAGACCUUGCUUAACACGACAGCGAUCUCAUUUCUAGGAAUUUACAACUCCUGAUUUCACGUCAACUGGAAUGUAUGCGGCGAUGCCUCGCGAUAUUCUGCUGGUUGUCGGAGAAGAGAUUAUCGAAGCACCGAUGUGUUGGAGAGCACGAUUUUUUGAAUACAGGGCUUAUCGAGAUCUCAUGAAAGAAUAUUUUCAUGGUGGAGCAACUUGGACUGUCGCUCCUAAACCGUUGAUGGAUGACGCGCUGUAUGAUAAGGUUAUUAGAAUGUUUAUUAAGCCCCGUUCAAACCACUCCAAAAUCGCUACGGUUGGCUGUAGGGCAGGACGCAAUUUAAUUCGUAAAAUCAUUUAUUAAAGUUACGUUAUAUUUUUGUGUUAUUCCCUCUCCAAAAAAUCCUACUUUUGUCCUACUUUUUUUGUAUAUUUUCCUACCUUAUUCCUACUUUUCCUAAAAUUCGAUCUAGUCCUUUUGUCCUACCUUUUUACACUUCGAUGCCCGAAAGCUUGCAAGCUUGUCAACAAGUUGUCACAGUGCUGUUAUUUUGUCAAGUUUGCUACAAGGUUGUCACUCGCAACUUUUUAACAAGUUGUUGAAUUGCAAGACGAUAACAAAUUGUUGGAACGACUUGUAACAAGCCUACUGAGUCAACAACCUUGCAGCAAUGAACCUUUUAACCUUAUAACUAAAAUUUUGAUCUGGACAAGUCUAGACAAAAAUUUCAUCACAGCUUAAAAGAGCAUCACAAAAUUAGUAAUAUUCCGAAAUUUCGUUGCGAAAUGUUGCAAAAUGCGGAUAAAAUUGCAAACUUCGCAGGGCUAUAUUAUCCGCAUUUUACCACAUUUCGUAACAAAACUUUGGAAUAUUACUAAUUUUGUGAUGCUCUUUCAAGCUGUGCUGAAAUUUUUGUCUAGAUCAAAAUUUUAGUUAUAAGGUUAAAGGUCCAUUAAGUUGUCAACAAGUUGUUAUAACAACUUGUCAACAAGCCGGGAACAAGCAGUGCGAACAGAUUCUGAUAACAAUUUGUUUUUAGGGCCGUAAACGGCCCCCAAAACUCAAUCUUGAAAAACUCAAUCUUUUCAUCAAAACUGAUUCUGUGCAGUAAAAUGAAGUUGUUUGAGUUAAAUUGAUGACGUGUGCAAAUUAGUUUUCAGUUGAAAACCCAAAAAUUAAGAAAAAUAUGGCUGGAAUACAUUUCAUAACACAAGAAAAACAACGCAUCGCCGUCUUUAACCAGUUUAUAGUGUCCUUUAGUGCCUCUGCUUUAACACGUUGCAUCUCAACUACACUAAAGUGGGCGGGGGAGGGGGAGGGGACAGCCGCCCCAGCUGUUCAGCUAAACUCAAUCUUCUCUGCAAAAACGAACCCAAGAGAAAAUCCUGGAAAAACCCUGUUGGUGCAUGUCGUAACGUGCCGUAAUUCUAUAAACGUUCCACAUUCUAGGAGUAUCCGAUAAAUUCAGUUGAAGACCGUCACAAGUUGGCGGCAGAAGGCAAGUUUGUCACCACGGAACAUGACAUUUGCUUUGACGCAGCGGAUUUCAUGAGAUGUGGCACAGAUAUAUUUGUGCAAAGAAGUCAGGUAACUAUAUGAAUGGCCAAUAUGUGCAGAUGUAGGAAACCGUUGUUUUUGAAUUGAAAAUAUAAAAUUUAAUUUAAAAAAUUAAAAGUUGUUUUUGAAUUUACUGUCAAAAAAUUUACUUUUUUUUACUGUCAAAAAAUUUACUUUCAAAAAAAUUACUUUCGUUGUAGUCUGGGAUAUAUAAUUUUAGUGUGCACUGUGCAGUGAUAACCAAUUUGUGCAGUGUGCAGUGUUUAGGGACCGAUCAUUAUUUAUGGUGGGGGGUGGCACCGAAGAGAAAUGUUUUUCGUGGCAAAAAUUUUGCUGACCCAACCAUUAAAAAAUCAAAAAUUUGAUUACCCAACCUCAGUAUCAUUUAAAAAAUAAAUACUCACCCCUGGCCAAAAACGUUACAAAAGGAUGUCAUUCAGUUGUCACACAUGUCCUUUACUAGUCUCCCUCGCAGACGUUCUUACUAGUCCUUUACCACUUCUGUGAUACGUUUGAUAACGUUCGGCUUGUGAAUGUUUGUUAGUUUGAUAACGUUCGGCUUGUGAAAUUUACUGACUUUUCUGCAGUCUAAAGUUUCAUGUUGUCUGCACAUUUACUUUCUUUGGAGACACCAUUUGUCUCCCAACAAAUCGGGAAAUGAUGAAGAUAGUGACUCUGAUUUAUUCACAUAUUGCAUUGACAUAUGACUGUUGACAUUGAAGUUUUCAGUCUUCAAUAUUUGAGUGAGUCAUGCUUUGGAAAUGACAAUAAAUUUUUAUUACCCAACCUUUGAGUUGUUUCGUUUUUCAUUUACCCAACCUUUUACUCACUCAAAAUUUUGUUUACCCAACCCUUUUCUCUUCGGUGCCACCCCCCGCCAUAAAUAAUGACCGCUCCCUUAUUAAGUCGAAACUUUCUGAAUCACAAUCACUUCCAACUAUAGUCUCUUGACAACCGGCUUUCGCUCAAAAAGUCGGAAUCCGCGUGUAAGCAACAACGCUUUUCUACGAAAUAUCCUGUUUUCUAUAUUCCUGUAGUACUUGAGUAUGUUACAUUAAGAUACGUGUACAUGUAGAAAAGCGUGCUUAAGCCCAGGUCACACUACACAACGAUAACGAUACGAUAACUUGCAUACGCGCGCUGAUUGGUCAAAAAUUUAUCGUUGUCGUCCGACUGAAAAAAAAAUCGCUCAGGUGAGCGAUUUUAAAAUCGUUAUUGUGUAACGAUAAUUUUAUCAUUUUCGUUGUGGUGUGGACACUAACACAAUUUUUUUGACAAUUAUCGUGUGUUUACAAUUUAUCGUAUCGUUAUCGUUGUGUAGUGUGACCGGGCCUUUAUAUAGUUCAACCCUGGUAUGGUGAUUAAACUGAUAAGUUUGAAAUGAAAUUUCUAGGUGACUAACUACUUUGGAAUUGAGUGGAUGAGAAGACAUCUGGGGAAGAAGGGAUACAGAGUGCAUACCAUAUCCUUUGAAGACCCCAAUCCGAUGCACAUCGACGCUACAUUCAACAUCAUAGGACCCGGUUUAGUUCUAUCUAACCCCGACCGUCCCUGUCGUCAAAUAGAUAUGUUUAACAAAGCAGGAUGGCAAGUGAUUAAACCACCAACACCAUUGAUUUCUGAUGAUCAUCCUUUAUGGAUGUCAUCUAAAUGGUUAUCAAUGAAUGUUCUUAUGUUGGAUCCCAAGAGGGUGGUCGUUUCAAAAUAUGAAUAUACCACACAAAAGGUGAGGCAAAACAAAGUGUGAAUGUAGUUCGAUUGACGACCGAUAUAUAUAUAUAUAUAUUUAUAUAUAUAUAUAUAUAUAUAUAUAUAUAUAUAUAUAUAUAUAUAUAUAUAUAUAUAUAUAUAUAUAUAUAUAUAUAUUUAUCGCCUCCCUUAAAAUUAAUUGUACUUUAUAUGACCCCCUCCACGGUAAUUUGCAGUGCUGAUGAGCUCCGUUUUCUGUGAUGCGAGAACAAGACACUAAACGCCCAUUUGGGAAAAAUAAUGGCUGUGUGCUUUGCGCACACGCCGGUUUAUUGAUAAAUAAUGUCCAAUAAAUUAUAUUUACAUAAAUGAAAUAACAGAUAUCACAGAAAAGGUGGGGGCAUUUUCCCGCCACCUUGAACAUAUAUAUGAUAAGUUAGCUAGCAGUGACAGAAGCAGCAGGCGACCGAAAGAGAAAUGGGAGGGAAGGGAGAGUGCAAUCGAAAGGCGAAACUGACUUGAGAUCUUGCUCCAAUGACAGCUUCAGAGGAAUGAAUCACGCACAGACAACUCGCGCUUAUAUAUGUCCCAUGUAUUACCAUGCGAUUGCUUUGUGAAGUAAAAUCCCGCAAUGUAACAACUUUUCCCUGUGAUAUUCUGUCGCGUGCGCUAGGUCACUAUGUAGCUAAAUGCCUAUACUAUAUGUCUAAAUAGAACGCGGGAGGCAAUAAAAUUACUAUUCGGCGAGCAAAUAGUGCCUUUAUCGCCUCCCUUAAAAUUAAUUGUACUUUAUAUGACCCCCCUCCACGGUAAUUUGCAGUGCUGAUGAGCUCCGUUUUCUGUGAUGCGAGAAUAAAACACUAAACGCCCAUUUGGGAAAAAUAAUGGCUGUGUGCGUGCGCACACGCCGGUUUAUUGAUAAAUAAUGUCCAAUAAAUUAUAUUUACAUAAAUGAAAUAACAGAUAUCACAGAAAAG